UUCUAGCUUUCUCUACUCCUCUCGACCCUUCAAUAUAUCCAAGUUUUCUCGAUUAUUCAGCAAAACGAUUUCCCAAUUUGCAAGAGCAACGUAACAAUGGCGAGCAGCGAUGAUUUCGCGCUGGACAUCGAGGAAUUGAAGCAGCUCCAAAGCAUCGCAAAGCGGCCGCGCGUCGUUUCGCUCAUUUCCUCCGAGAUUCGCAACCUGGAGAAGUUAUCGAAUGCAGCUGCCUCUGCACCGUCUCAGCACACACCCACCCCAGUUCCAGCUGUCAACACACCGAUACCAACAUCGAGUGUUCCGAAGGCUGUAUCCAGCUCUUUGUUGAGUUAUGUUCCUCUCGGUUCCUUCAGCUGGGAUCAAGAUAGUGAUCAAGUGAAGAUUUAUGUACCGUUGGAAGGUGUUGAUCAAGAGAAGGUUGAAGCUGAAUUCAAGCCAAUGUCUGCUGAUAUCAAACUACAUGAUGUCCAAGGAAAGAACUACCGCUGUGCAGUGCCAAAGCUGUUCAAAGAGAUUGCACCCGAGAAAUGUAAAUUCAUUGUGAAGCCCAAGAGAGUGGUUGUUACAUUGGCUAAAGCUGAGAAGGGAAACUGGUUGGAUUUGCACUUCAAAGAAGAUAAGCUGAAGCCGAAUUUGGAGAAAGAACGGGAUCCAAUGGCUGGGAUAAUGGACUUGAUGAAGGUACAACUAAAGCUCGUUCAUACCAUAUAUGCACACACUCGCUUGUGUUAUCCAGUUUUAACAUCCCGUGAUUUGUUUACUUACAGAACAUGUACGAGGAAGGUGAUGAGGAUAUGAAAAGAACAAUUGCUAAAGCAUGGACCGAUGCAAGAUCCGGCAAAGCAGCUGAUCCUUUACAAAGUUAUCGUUGAACGCCUGAUACUAGGUAUUCAAGUUAUAAAACAGCUAGUGUUGUUUGUUGGGUAUUUCUCUGGUCCAUAUAUGGCUAUGCUAUUGCAUUAUGACUGCUGAAACCACGCUUCUGUCGAUAUCUAGGGCCAACGACGCUGCUGUCGUUGUUUUGAAUUUUUGUUUUCCCCUUAGUUGUUGGUGCUCGAUGGGGUCUUUUUGCGAGUUAAGAGUUUUGUUGUGAAAGGCAUGGAAAGAUCUACAGGGUGUUAGGAUCAUUUAAAUGAUGUCAUAACUGUUGCAAUUUUGAAAUUGUUUUGCUGUUUAUAUAUGAUGUUGAUGUUAGUUUUUGCAA